AUGAUCCAGUGUUUUGGAACUGGACCAAUAGAGGAUGUAACAGUCAAGCUUUUCCCUUUUUCCCUGCAAAAUCUGACAAAUUUGCCAAAAUCUGCCCUCAGUGUGCCAAACAAGGCGAGCACCAGCCCCAGUCGUGUCAUCAACAACAGUCCUCUCCACAGCCCACAGCUCUCACUGGCACACAGCCCUGCUAUAGAGAUGGAAAAGCUGGCCAAGGCCCAGAGUAAACUCCUGGAGAGUCAGUGAAACCAAACUCCUACCAUUUCUCCAGAAACCAGAGAGCAACUUUGUUAUGUUUAAGGUACCCUGUCUGAGAAGGGCCGCUUCCUGUCGGACAUCUUUUCCCCUUUGUGGACCUCAAGUACAGCGGUCUAUUUGUUUUUCCCGAUGUGCUACAUCACCACGUGGUUCUUGUUUGCUGGGCUCUACUUCUUGAAUGCUUCUUUUAGAGGUGACCUAGGACAAGAGGGACCCCUUGGUACCCCUAAAGACCAUCUCGUAGACCAAAGGACCAGCUAUUUAGCUGUAGAUGGCUGCAUCUCAGCUUUACUCUUUACGCUGGAGACGCAACGCACCAGUGGUUAUGGAUCCUGCACCAUGUCUCCCACCUGCUAUGAAGGUGUGCUGCUGCUCAUGAUACAGUGUAUUAUUGGGUCCAUGAUAGAUGCACUCAUGGUGGGUUGCAUUUUUGUCAAAGUAUCCCAGCCUAAGAAGCGGGCCAGUUGCACUUGCAAUAUUGCCAUCCGUGAUGACCAGAUCUGUUUGAUGUUCCGUCUGGGGGGCCUCAGAGAAAGCCACACGGUGGAUGCCAAGGUCCGUGCCUUGUUAAUCAAGUCCCGUCAAACAGCUGAGGGUGAGUUCUUCCCGCUUGUGCAGACAGAGAUUGACCUUGGUUAUGAAACUGGUUCAGACCGACUGUUCCUGGUGGAGUCUCAAGUCAUUCAGCACAACAAUGACUCUCUUAGUCAACUCUGGGAACUGGGCCCUGAGCAGCUGAGAUCACAACAGUUUGAAAAAAUUGUUAUCUUUGAAGGAAUUGUUGGGGCCACAGGCAUAAUGUGCCAAGCCAAAACAUCCUAUACUGAGGUGGAGAAUGAGUGGGGCCCUCGCUUUGAACCCUGCAUGACACUGGAGAAGGGCUCAUUCAGAGUAGACCUGCGUUUGUUCCACACCACCUACCCGGUACCGCUGCCUACCUGCAGUGCAAGCCAGGCACAUCAGUUAAUGGCUCUGGCAGACUGUAAACUCCAAAACUCCAAGGCCAGCAGGGACUCUGGAACCUGGGCAGAGGGAAGGGCAGAGGAGGACAAAGACAAACAACCAUCUCAUGGAGGACUCACUAUAGAUAACAUUCAGGAGGAGAGAGCAUCUGUCAAAGUGCGGGGGAGUGCAUAA